CGCAGGCCGUCAACUGCAGAUGGGGAAGAGGGAUGUCGAAGAUGUGGCUGUAAUCAGAGGGAGGCCGUGGAUGUUAAACAUCUGGAAAGAAUGAUGACAGACGAUGGGUCAGGAAGUCUGCCAGGAGUCAGAGUAAGAUUAGUAAGGGUGUUCAACGAGUGGCUUGUCAAGUCUCAAUAUCUCAAAUGUCAAAGAGUAGGAGGAGGAAUUGUCUUUGCUGGGACACGGGCCCCUUUAGGAGCGGACUCCAGGACUUUGCAUGCGGUCACAAAAAAGCAAACCGAAAUGCUUCAGCUAACAAUACAAUCAAUGAUUGUGCCUUUCAGCUAAAUUGACUGGGCUGAACUCUGCACAUUUAAUCAUGUGGUGGCUUUGCAAAGAGCUCGCUGCAUUCAGGUGACCUUUGUGUCCCUGUGAUACGGCCGGGAGUACCUUUGUCUCCACGGCUUCCUAUAGAGGACCUCCAUCGGGGAGGACAAUUUAUAGAUCAAGCUUUAUGAAGAAUGAUGAUGUGACAGGUGGGGAAAAUAAUCGGGCUGCGGAGCGUGGAAGGCAGAGCGCAUUUACCAGGGACAUUUUUCAUUUGGUCUUGUGAACUUCAGGAAAGAUGCUCAUUAUAAACUUCCGACUGCAGGACCGAAGAUUUUCCCGGUGUUAAAGUUGCAGCCUGUGCGCUGUCGGUUCAGAUCCCGUUGAACGGAGUGAGAGGGAGAAACGGGACCCCGCGUUGCCGCCCGCUGCGCACAUCUGCUCACAUCCGCGCGCGGCUGCUGCAGCUGCAGGAGGUCACGAAGCUGGAUCCGGAGUCCUGGACUGGAGAUCCGGAGUCCCGGACGUGAUCCCCGGAUAGUCCCGCGCACCCGCGUCUAUUUGCAAAGGACGUUGUUUUGGUUUUUCUCCGGUUUAUUCAUUUGUUGCAGGACUCUUCCUCCCGUGAACGCUCGGUGAGGGGAACCGGACAGUGGAGCCACCAGGGACACCUGCUCCUCCCUCCCCGGAUACACAAAUAUGACCGGGCUCCGGGCCGGGUGGCCCUCAGGCGUGUAGCUGGUACGCAAAACUUUAGACAUCUGCUGCUUUUUGAGUUGCAUCAGGGCUUGUUUCCCUUAACUGCGGAUGAAUGAUGGGCAGAAAGGUCACGUCGACCGUUGAAAGGUCCCCGAGUAUCUAACCGUAGCCAUGUAGCCUGACACGAAGGGCGUUUUGGGGACAGCAGAAACCACAGCACAGGCAACCUGGAUGCCAAUUCGUGUCUCACUGACACCUAAAGCAACACGCCCCACCGAUGCAAACCCUCCUCAGUUGUUUCAGUCUGCUAAUGGGGGCCUCUCGCAGGUCACGUCCCAAACUCCCCUCCGGCGCUCCUCUUUGGUUUGUGGGAACUUUGUGGCUUCUGUGUGCGGCCGUGACCGCGUGCCCUCACAACUGUCACUGCGCGGACCGGAACGGCGUGGUGGUGCAAUGCACCUCGCGCAACCUGGAGCGCAUCCCUCCCAACUUGCCCAAGGACACCGUCGUUCUCUUGCUUUCGUCCAACCGGAUCAGAAAGGUCCCGAGAGAGACCUUCACGGGCCUCCCCCGCCUCAGGGAGCUGGACUUAUCUCACAACGCCGUGGAGAGCGUGGACGUCGGCGCCUUUGAAGGCCUCUCCGAGAGCCUGCGGACGUUGGAUCUGUCAAACAACCAGCUCAGCAGCCUCCCCAAGGACACCUUCGCCAAGCUCCACGCCCGCGUCCGACUGUCCCACAACCCCUGGCACUGCGACUGCUCCCUGCAGGAGGUGCUGAGGGAGCUGCGGCUCGACCCGGAGACGGCGAACGACGUCGGCUGCUCCACGUCGGUGCAGGGGGAGUACGUGGGACAGGCGGUGACCCAGGUCCUGGACUCUGGGAUCAACUUUUGCAAUUUCCACCACAAGACGACAGACGUGGCCAUGUUCGUGGCCAUGUUCUGCUGGUUCUCCAUGGUGACGGCGUACAUCGUUUACUACAUCAAACACAACCAGGAGGACGCCAGGAGGCACAUGGAGUACCUCAAGUCCCUGCCCAGCGCUCCCCGCGUUAGCACAGACUACGAAACAGCCAGCAGUGUGUUUUAGUGUAGUUUAAGAACUUAUUGUAUUUUUACUUUGUUUUACAGUAAAACCACAUUACCCUGACUAAGCUUUACAGUAUAACUUCUCUAUGUAGUUUCCAGGACGAGGGAAAAUAUGUUUCAUAGUACUAUACACCUUUCCCUGAUAAUAAUUAUUGAAAAUUAAGAAAACUAGUUUACUUUCUUAUAAAUAUUAUACUUUUUACUUUAGCACAAAUACAAUGGGUCUUGUUAGCAAAAUGUUCAAAUAACGACACAAAACUAAUUAAAGACAGGAGCUUAAAGACAAAGACGUGUGGCGACAUACAUUUCUCAGGGUGGACUAGUUAUAAAAUAAAAAAAGUACAA